AUGUCGAAGCCCAAGUAUGAGGACGAGUUCGAGGACAUUGCGCCUGCUCCCUCACAGGUGGGCGAGAUCCUUGACGCCAAGGACACUCAUGAGCACGAUGCUGUCUUCGGUGGCAUAACAGACGAUGGUCCUAAUUACCGGAAUGUCGGAUGGAUGGGAACCUCAGUCCUCAUGAUCAAAACUCAGAUCGGGCUGGGUGUUUUGUCAAUACCGACUGCCUUCAACAAAUUAGGCCUGAUACCCGGUGUCAUUAUUAUGUUGACUAUUGGGGUUAUCACGACCUGGUCUGAUUAUAUUGUGGGUGUCUUCAAGAUCAACCAUCGCCAUGUGUACGGUAUCGAUGAUGCCGGGGGCAUGAUAUUUGGACCCAUCGGUCGCGAAGUGUUUGGCGCUGCAUUUUGCCUCUUCUUCACGUUUGUUUCUGGAUCGGCGAUGCUUGGUAUCUCAAUUUCGUUGAACGCACUUUCAGUGCAUGGUGCCUGCACUGCCAUAUUUGUCGCCAUUGCUGCGGUAGUCACGUUCGGCUUGUCAAGUAUCCGGACUCUUGGUCGUAUUAGCUGGCUGGCAUGGAUUGGUUCAAUCUGCAUCAUAGUUGCCGUCUUCACCGUGACUAUCGCAGUCGGACUGCAAGGCCGACCAACUACAGCACCGAAAGAUAUCCCAUGGGAAUCCGACUAUAAACUGUUCGGUAACCCUACGUUCGCCGAGGCCUCCACUGCAAUGGCCUCCCUGGUUUUCGCGUACUGCGGAACACCCGCGUUUUUCUCAAUUGCUGCUGAAAUGCGCGAUCCUCGUGAGUUCAACAAGGCGUUGAUAGUGUGCCAAAGUGUCGUCACGGCCACGUACGUCAUUGUUGGUAUCAUCGUUUACUACUAUGCUGGAUCGUAUGUUGCUUCCCCGGCCCUGGGUACAGCUGGGCCGCUCGUCAAGAAGGUGGCGUAUGGAAUCGCCCUUCCAGGACUGUUCGUGACUGCAAUCCUGUUGACUCAUGUUCCGAGCAAAUACAUUUUCGUCCGUCUGCUCCGAGGAAGCAGGCAUCUCACCUCAAACUCCCCCAUCCACUGGUCAGUCUGGCUCGGAUGCACCUUCACCGUCACAAUAGUAGCCUAUGUCAUCGCAAGCGGCAUCCCAGUCUUUGACGAUCUGGUGUCGCUUGUCGGAGCUCUGCUGGGCACUUUCAUCGCCUUCCACCCGAUGGCUUGCAUGUGGCUGUACGACAACUGGACGAAGGACGGGACAGCUCGGACGUGGAAGUGGAAGAGCAUGGUGCUCUGGUGUGCGUUUGUGCUUAUUUCUGGCACUUUUCUCAUUAUCGCGGGGACGUAUGGCUCUGUUACAGCGAUUAUUGAUUCGUAUCGUGAGACUGGAGGGAGUGCGGCUUGGUCUUGUGCUGAUAACUCAAAUUCGACCUGA